AUGCACGGGCACAGCCGCAACGGGCAGGCCCACGUGCCCCGGCGGAAACGCCGCAACCGCUUCGUCAAGAAGAACGGCCAAUGCAACGUCUACUUCGCCAACCUGAGCAACAAGUCGCAGCGCUACAUGGCAGACAUUUUCACCACCUGCGUGGACACGCGCUGGCGCUACAUGCUCAUGAUCUUCUCUGCCGCCUUCCUGGUCUCCUGGCUCUUCUUUGGCCUCCUCUUCUGGUGUAUCGCCUUCUUCCACGGCGACCUGGAGGCUGGCCCAGCGGCAGCGGCGGCGGCAGCGGCGGCGGCAGCGGCGGCGGCAGGGGGGGCCCCGACGGGCGGUGGCGCCGCCGCCCCGACGGCCCCCAAGCCCUGCAUCAUGCACGUGAACGGCUUCCUGGGCGCCUUCCUGUUCUCGGUGGAGACGCAGACGACCAUCGGCUACGGGUUCCGGUGCGUGACGGAGGAGUGCCCGCUGGCGGUCAUUGCCGUGGUGGUCCAGUCCAUCGUGGGCUGCGUCAUCGACUCCUUCAUGAUCGGCACCAUCAUGGCCAAGAUGGCUCGGCCCAAGAAGCGGGCGCAGACGCUGCUGUUCAGCCACCACGCGGUCAUCUCGGUGCGCGACGGCAAGCUCUGCCUGAUGUGGCGCGUGGGCAACCUGCGCAAGAGCCACAUCGUGGAGGCCCACGUGCGGGCCCAGCUCAUCAAGCCCUACAUGACCCAGGAGGGCGAGUACCUGCCACUGGACCAGCGGGACCUCAACGUGGGCUACGACAUCGGCCUAGACCGCAUCUUCCUGGUGUCGCCCAUCAUCAUCGUCCACGAGAUCGACGAGGACAGCCCGCUCUAUGGCAUGGGCAAGGAGGAGCUAGAGUCGGAGGACUUUGAGAUCGUGGUCAUCCUCGAGGGCAUGGUGGAGGCCACCGCCAUGACCACCCAGGCCCGCAGCUCCUACCUGGCCAGUGAGAUCCUGUGGGGCCACCGCUUUGAGCCCGUGGUCUUCGAGGAGAAGAGCCACUACAAGGUGGACUACUCGCGCUUCCACAAGACCUACGAGGUGGCCGGCACGCCCUGCUGCUCCGCCCGGGAGCUGCAGGAGAGCAAGAUCACCGUGCUGCCUGCCCCGCCGCCCCCGCCCAGUGCCUUCUGCUAUGAGAACGAGCUGGCCCUCAUGAGCCAGGAGGAAGAGGAGAUGGAGGAGGAGGCGGCAGCCGCUGCUGCCGUGGCCGCGGGCCUGGGCCUGGAGGCGGGCUCCAAGGAGGAGGCGGGCAUCAUCCGAAUGCUGGAGUUUGGCAGCCACCUGGAUCUGGAGCGCAUGCAAGCCACCCUCCCGCUGGACAACAUCUCCUACCGCAGGGAGUCCGCCAUCUGA